GACUGGAUGCCUGCUUUUCACUUAAAGUUUUUAAGAACUCCUAAAAAUACUUCAACAUCAACUCUCAGAUCUCUGAACAAUACCCCUCACAGAUCAUCUAACUAUUUAGUCAACAGAGAGAGAAGAUCCUCCCUAGCUCCGGAUUUUGGAACUGAAUCAGUUCUCCAGAUUAGGUUUAAACCGGGGGAGGAUUCUAGUCAUGUCCACAACACGGACUUACUGUUCCCUGAAAGCCAACAGCCUGGGUUGAGAUCGGUUAAUAAGAAUAUGGCAGGGAAAAAAGUAUCAGGUAAAGGAGACGGCAGGCUGGAUAGGAAGGAAAGCUAUAAGGCUCAACGCCGAAUUUACAGAAAGGAGAAGAAACGUGUAGAAAAAGAACUUUUAUCAACAUUUAAAGAUGAAUCUAUUAUUGUACUGGCUGAUUGGUUAAAGGUUCGAGGCUCCUUGAAAAGCUGGACUAAACUAUGGUGUGUACUAAAGCCUGGCCUUCUUCUGCUGUAUAGAUCUCAGAAAGCAAAGAGCGGACACUGGAUUGGAACUAUAAUCCUCUCAACCUGCGAACUAAUAGGAAAACAAGACUUAAACUCAAAAUGUCCAAAUUUUAUUUUUUUUUCAAUUUACUUUAAACGAGAACGUAAUGGUGAGAAUAUUGGAGCAGUUGUUCAACCCCUUCCAACUUCUCACCUCAUAUUCCGAGCUCCAACCAAUGCAGCAGGCAAAUGCUGGUUAGAUGCCCUAGAGCUAGCUCUCAGAUGUUCGUCCCUCCUGAAGAGAAAUCUAAACCGGACGAGUGUGACGGACGAAGGUGAUGCCGCGGACUAUACUUUAGAGUCUUUAAGAUUGGACGACUCAGACGUGGAGAGACAUUUUAAAGGUGAAUUUGACGAUACUGGAUCUGUGACUGACGACGGAAACGAGGGAGGGAAUAACAAGGAUUUUGGAUCUGAAGACGAGGAUGAUGAUGAGGAUGAGGAAAGUGAAGAACCCUCUGUGAUAGAGGAUCCUAAUCUUCAACCUGUUGCAACCAACUAUGUGUGUGAUGUUGAAGAAGUAUUUGGAACGACGGAAAAUCAGACGGAGGAAUUCAGUGAUGAGAAUAAAUCUAUUGUUUGGUUCCUAGUUAAACAGGUUCGUCCUGGAAUGGAUUUAUCCCGAGUAGUUCUACCAACCUUUAUCCUAGAACCUAGAUCUUUCCUAGACAAGAUCUCAGACUAUUAUUACCAUGCAGAUAUUAUAUCAAAGGCUGUACUAGAGAACGACCCGUUUAUGAGAAUGAAAACAAUAGUCCGAUGGUAUUUAUCAGGUUUUUACAAGAAACCAAAAGGUUUGAAGAAACCAUAUAAUCCAAUACUGGGGGAAACAUUUCGGUGCUGCUGGAGCCAUCCUAACGGGAGCAAAACCUUCUAUAUUGCUGAACAGGUUUCACAUCAUCCCCCAAUAUCUGCGUUCUAUACAACCAACCGUCAGGACGGAUUUACAUUCUCCGGAACCAUACUUGCUAAAUCUAAGUUUUAUGGGAAUUCUACCUCCGCCAUUUUGGACGGUGACGCAACUCUUUCUCUUCUUCCGCGUGGUGAGGAUUAUGUGAUGACUAUGCCUUAUGCCCACUGCAAGGGUAUACUAAUGGGAACGAUGACAAUGGAACUGGGAGGAAAAGUUACAAUUGAAUGUGAGAAGACAGGGUACAGCACUGAACUGGAAUUUAAGCUUCGUCCAUUCCUUGGCGGAGGCGAGUUCACUAACGCCGUGUCAGGUCGCCUCAAGCUAGGGAAGGAAACCCUCGCCACCAUUGAUGGACAUUGGGAUGAAAAAGUCAUGUUUAAGGUCGGAGCAACGGAGGAGAAAACUAAACUUGAGGAAGCUCAGAGGAAUGCUGUCAAGGCCCGUGAUGGUAAAUCUUACGUAACAAAACUAUUCGAUCUGGAGCCUGUGAUGAUCGGAGCUGAAGGGACUGUUCCCAAAUAUUCGUAUAAGCACGCUGACCUGCGUCCCUGGGAUCCCCGGAACGACCUGCUCCAGUAUGAGAAGGAUUACGAGGUGUGCACCAAGACGAGGCACAAAACACCGAUGAUUCGAACACAAAGCAUUGUCUCAGUCCUUGACGCUGGAAAGGUUGCAACAGAUCGUGUUUCAAGUAUUUCUCGACGACGAAAAACCCGAGAAUCUGAAGUUGCAAAGAAUAGAAGUCAGGAUAGUGAUACAAGUACUCCAGGAACUCAGAAGGAAUUAAAAGGCCGAGGUCUGAAUAAAAGUAGUUCCUCCCUUCAGCCUCUACAGGAGGCUAUCCGACCUCUAAUAGAAGAACAAGUCAAGAUGAAUGAAAGAAUUGCCAAGCUUAAUCAUUCAAUAGAGACAUGUUUGUAUCAGCAGAAGGAAAGAGACGGGAACUCAAAUAUUAAUAGAGAUUUAGUUCUACUCAUUGUUCUCGUUGUUAUGAUACAGGCGAUGCUGAAUUGGGUGUGGGCAGAAAGAGCGAGUAAACUGUAAACUUUAAGAUAAAUUAUUAUUUGUAAACACUGGAUUUUUGAAAGAAAUUGUCACCCCUUCUACCCCUUGUAAGAAGUAUGAUGUGAAACUAGAACUCUCUGUUUGAUAUUAUUAUAAUUUUAUUCCUAAUUUCUAUUCUUUGUGUUAUAUAUCGACUGCCUUUUUCGAGUGCUUUAGUCAACUUUUUUUGUUUCUAGGAUGCAAAUUAUAAGAGGUUUACAUUUUCAAAAUUUUGGGACAAACAUACAAGCUCUUGAUAAAAUAAAACUUUCUUCAAAAAUGAUUUUUAUAAAAAAUUAAAAUAAAAUUUUUAGGGUAACAUCGUGAAUCGAGCUCGUCUUACUUAAAGUAGAGGGUGCACUAAAAUUAAAAUUAAACCAUUUUAAAACUUUUCAAAGUGAGAGAAAAGAAAAUAUUUUUGAUGUGGAAGGAAAUACCAUUUUGAAAAGAUAAGAAAAAAUUUUAAUUUUUAUUGUAUCAACAUUAUGUUGCCAUGCAAUCCUCAGGAUGUUUUAAAAAUAUAAAGUCAAGAAUGCAAUCAUAUUUAUUGUUUAACAUCAGUGUUAUGUUUCAUUUAAGAUUGUUUACUGUACACUGCUCACCCUGCCUUCUACUUGUUACCAUAUAACCCCAUAACAUAUUUUCAGACGAAAAAAAAAUAAUAAUUUUUUGAUUUAAAUUUGUUGAAGUUUCAAUUUUCAAUUCUUCAUGUUAAUUAGCGAACUCAUGGAAUUAAAGCUAUUUUGAAAAUAAGCGACAAUUUUUUGUUCAAAUACUCAUUUUUUACAAAUAUUUUUUUAGUUAGAUAUUUAUGAUAUUAGAACAAAAUAUUUGGUAAUUGUAAGUUUUUAUUUUUAUUGCUGCAAAAAAUGACGAGAAUUUCCAGAAAUAUUUUCCAAUAUACAAUUAAAAUUCGCUACAAUUAAUUGUUUAUAAGAUUAAAAAAUUACAACAUUCAACUCUGUUUGUCCAGAUUGUUAUUUAUAUAUAUUGUAACAGUUGUACUUUUUGUACUUUGUGUGUACUGUGUACAUGAAAUGUACAGAAACGUUUUGUUCAACUUACAAACAAAAAUAUUUUCAAGGAUUUACACCUGCACGUUUCGCGCAUUAACACUCUAUGCUUUUGAAAAUGAUAUAAAUUAAUUUUGUUUACAAACAGCGAGUGCCAAAGGGGUUAAUUUUUAAAAAGUUUAUAUUGAUUUCAUAUUUGUUUAUUAUUUUUAUAUUAUUUCGUCGAUGGGUGUUAAAUGUUCCGGUUGGCCUUUUUAACAUUCGAUGAGUUUAGCGGGGGGGACAUUUCUACCCUUUUUUUUUCUUAAAAUCCCUUAAGAUUAUAUUAUUCAGGACUCGUUGUAUUUUUGUAAAGUUUGCAAUACUGUGGUUAAUUUUGCAAUAUCAUUAGUUUUUCUAUUAUAGUAUUUCUUAGUUUAUUUUAUAUUUGUGAUAAAUUAUAAAUAUUUAUUAAACACG